AUGACUUCCAUUGGCACUGGGUACGAUCUCUCCAACUCAGUCUUCUCCCCAGAUGGUCGCAACUUCCAGGUAGAAUAUGCCGUUAAAGCGGUAGAGAAUGGAGGGACAGCCAUUGGUAUCAGGUGCAAAGAUGGUGUCGUGCUCGCAGUGGAGAAAAUCAUUACCAGCAAGCUUCUGAAGCCUGGCGCCAAUAAGAGAAUAGCUACGGUUGAUCGUCACGUUGGCAUUGUUUCCGCCGGUCUGGUGCCGGACGGGCGACAUUUCGUUUCUCGGGCUCGUGAUGAGGCUUCAUCAUGGAGAAGUGUUUACAAAGGGCCAAUUCCAACUUCUGCGCUAUCCAACCGCCUUGGGAGCUACGUGCAAGCUUACACACUCUACUCUAGUGUCAGGCCUUUCGGCGUGACUGCUAUUGUCGGAGGCUGGGACUCCGAAGCCGAGCUUGCUGUCGACGGUCAGGUCGGAAGUGGGCCCAAGUCGGGUUCUGGCGGUAAAGUCGAGGGCGCUAGAACUGGAGGUCCAGGUCUAUAUAUGAUUGAGCCAAGCGGCCUAUACUGGGGUUAUUAUGGCGCCGCCACCGGGAAAGGGAGACAAGCAGCCAAGGCUGAGCUUGAGAAACUCGACCUGAGCUCCGGCACACUGAGCCUUCUCGAUGGAGUGAAGGAAGCGGCUCGGAUUAUCUAUGUCGCCCAUGAAGACAGUAAAGACAAGGACUUCGAACUGGAAAUGACCUGGAUUAGUUCAUUAGACGGUCCGACGAAGGGAAGGCACGAGGAGGUACCGAAAGAACUCCGUGAGGAGGCAGAGCGGGCAGCAAAGAGAGCUCUGGAGGGAGAGGACGAGGAAGAAGACGCAACAAAGGGUGAUUCAAACGAGAGCGAGCGGAUGGAGGAGUGA